CAGUUCAUGUCGAGAUUCCGUUCCACGUUGACGUGAAAAGUUUUCCCGGAGCGAGAGCGUUUCCAUUGCUACUGGAAGAUUGAUAGUUGGAAGGAUCGCCGUUGUUAGCCCUUGAUCGAUUGCGUUGUGCAUCUUCCUUGGGGAUUUUCUCCCGGUUGGGGAGAAAGGAAGGAAGGUGGAAAAAAAUCGGAGCAUCUUCGUGGUUUUUGCCUGGCGGUGGAUCGCGGCCAAUGAACGCAGAGAGCAAAACCACCCUCCCGCGGGAGAGUUUGGCGUGUUGUCGACGUGCUGCAAAUACGGUUUUAUCCGUAUCAGUUGUUUGAAAUAAAUUAUAAAAGCAAUCGGCAGUUGGGCAUCCGCUUCCAGACCGAGAGUGAGUGCAGUGCAAGUGGCACCACAACCGGGUGAUUUAGACAACCGACUAGACUAAGAAGGGACCGAUUCAAGCGAAGGUCUUGCUGCAAGGCAAAGGAUAACGGCCUAGAGAAGUUACGAGUGCCGGCCGAAUCGAUAGAAAGAAAUUCCGGACCGCCCCGAAACCCGAUAAGAUCGCGAUCGCGUCCGUCGCAAGGUUACUACACAUUUCGGAAGGUUGACCGAAAAUAAAUAAAAAUUCGGUGCAUGCGUUGGAUGCACAAAUCGUUCGACUACUGUGGUUGUUGCUGUUUUCGCAGUUUUGUUGAUUUUCGUCACCCGUGACAACCCGUGAAGUGAAAUUGCAAGUGAUUGACAAACAACGUUCGUCGUUUAUCGUUUAGGCAAAGGCAGUCAGUGUAAGGAAAUAAUUUCGAAUAGAAUUUCGCGUCGCAGUGCAGUGAUUUUAUACCGCUCAUAAUCGAUCAGCGAAAGGUGACGAAGUGCUAGAAACCGAAAUCUGCACCGCGCCCCAACCAUCAACAGUUAUUCAGCCCAUUGAACGAUGCAUGAAUGAAAGAAAGCUCGCUCGAAGGAGGGCAUAGAAAAAAUAACGUUAAAUUCAAUUCGUUGCUUGUUGUUAGCAGAAAAAAUAAUAAACCUCGAACACCAGGCUAAGCAAAAGAAAAAAAAAUUGAAGAAAAAGUUGGAUAAGUGAGUGAUUUUGCACACAUUGCAAUUUUUCCUUCAUUCUUGUGAUUUUCAAUUCUGCACAAGUUUUUCUCGUCCCAUUUGGUCGACAGAUUUGCGAAAAACCGCAAAGCAAAACAACAACCGAGCCACCGCUGAGCUAGUUGCAAAAAUUGAAUUUAAUAAAUUUGCCAUUAUUACAUCAACCGAGGGAAGCUGAACCGCACAGAGACGGAGAUAUCAAUCCAAAACAUCGAAAGCAAAGCUAGCAAAGCAAACCGUGGACCAUCAGGAGCCAGCGAUCCGAGUAGAAGAUUAUCUAUCCCAAUUCCCCUGAAAUUGGGUAACGAUCGGCUUGACCAACAACAUCAACAGCAGCAGCGACAAUGAGGAGUCCCGAUAAUUUGGGGCCACCAGCGGCAGCGGCAGCCCUAGGAGGAUCAAACACCCCACCAGAAAGCUCCCUCGAACCAUGCUCCUCUUCCAGUUCCUGCAGUCGACGACGACACAAUUUAGCCACCUCCCAUCAAAAUCAUCACCAUCGCAGCCAUCGAUCAUCCUCCAUUAGCUCCCCCUCCCUCUCAAAAUGCAACUCCACCUCCUUCGCCCCAUCCUACUCCUCAUCGGUGAACCCGUCAAAGAUCACAUCUGGAAUGGGAUUAGCAGUAGCCCUAGUAGCCACGUUGCUCCUCUUCACUUCGCUAGUGUCGGUAGCUCAAUCAGGACCCGUCCUCAGGCCCCGCCGAAUGAUUCGGGAAAUCUAUAGCGAGCUUAUGGAUUCAAGCGCUCAAAAUGUUACCAAUUUCAUAGCCGACACGUGUUUGUACGAUGGCACCCAGGUUUCUCGGACCAGCAUCAACUGCGAGAAGAAGCAAGGUUGCCGUGCCAUCCAGAAGACUGGCGAAUGUUGCCCAGACUAUCAGUGUGAAUGUCAACGAGACGGCAAAACUUACACCAACGGAGAAAAGGUUUUCGAUCCGGAUACUCCAUGUAGGGCGUGUUAUUGUCAAGGCGGUGAAGUAACCUGCAGUCAGCUUACCUGCUACAAGCGCCACGACUGUGAGCCGAGGUUCAUUCCUGGUCGAUGCUGCCCUGAAUACGACAAUUGUCCUCCUCUUGAAAAUUCAAAAAUAAUGGAAACCACUUCGGCGAAAGACGAACUAAUCGAGGUACAGGAAACGGAAAUCGAAGCUGAAGACUUGUUGGAACAGGGUAGCUCAAAAUCUUCUUCGACGUUAGACCCCGAAGAGACAACAUCCACAACCACAACUACCAGUACUACUACUACUGGGUCAUCUUCAAUGGAGGCCUCAUCAACGCCCAAAGUGAACAUGCCCUCAGCAAACGAUAACCCAUUGGGGAUCAAAAUCAAAGAGAUUACUAAACCGGAAGAAAUUCGGUUAACCGAUAGUAGACCAAAGGUUCCUCAGGGUUCGUCUCAGGUGAGCGGUGAAGAUGUCGUUCGACAUUCCACGGAGAACUUACUGGAAGAAGCAAACAACCUAGAACAUCUGGACAUGAAUGUGACCGAUGACGUGGAGGAUAGUAUGAAAAAUGUACGGCACACGGAUGAUGAUCAGCAGGACACGAAAGAGGCGACCGAUUCUGCCGAAGGUUCUACCUCGUCUGCCCUCAGCUCUGAGACCGAUGAUGUGGAAGUGUCGUCGGAGAUGAGUAGCAGCAGCACAAGCAGUACGGCGAGGCCUUCAACAACGACGACUCCGAUGCAGGAUGAUGUUUCAGAUGAGGUCACCAAGAAGGAUAAACCUCUUCCGGCGGUGGUACAGAUAGGAGAUAAGCUAGUUAUUGUAGAUCACAAUCAACCGAAACCGAUCACCGUUAUUCAAGUAGAAGAGAUUGAUCAACUGCAACGGGGUGAGGAUGAUAUUUCCUACGAUCAAGAAAUGUACACGGAUCGAUCGCCACCUUCGCCCGUUGCGAGAGAAGAGAACCGAGAGAGCUCUAAAAACAUGAAGCUUCCCGAGGGUGGAACGAGCGAGGAAGAAAUGCUUUCAACACAAGCCGAUUCUAGUCAAGCAUUUGAAACCAUUUUCCAUGGAGGUAGUUCGACUGAAAAUUCGGAGGAGGUAUUCGAGACCCAACACUAUACCGAAGGUCCUGAGGUGAGCGUUGAACGGAAUGAAACCCAAUCAGAUCAUCUGUUAGCUAGCAAUGAAGAAUUCAUUCAGGUUGGCUCCAUUUCAUCAGAUAAGCCAGCAAGGUUAGAGGAGGACCAUACUACGUUGAACUCGUUGGUCUCCAGCGGUGAAGAGGGCAGCACAACCUUAUCAGAUGAAAACGUGGCCUCGGGACAUUCCGAAGCAUCUGGAGACGAAGUGUUCGAUACCCAGUAUUACACCGAAGGACCAGGAAGCUCAUCGGAAACCACCGAUGCGUCAUCCGAGGUCUCGGAAUUCACAAAGCCAGCCAAAGACCUUCCGUCAGAAGACAUGACGACUCAUCGGAAGCCGUACAUCGAGGACGACGAGCAUGACCUCAUCCAACCCGGUUUCCAACCUAUCCCCGAAGAUUUCAGUUUGCCAUUGCGAGAUGCUCCUGCUUUGAUAGAAAUGGGCGAAGAAGCCGACUCAAACAACGUUCCAGGUAAAAAUGAACGCAAAGAAGAUGCCGUUGCUACUCCGAAGAUUCUAUCCGAUGUGCUGGAGUACCGAAUGAACGGCACCAAUUCGACGGCCGAAGAAACGAGCAACAGUGGCGAAGACGUUACCAAUGCGCCCUCGUGGCUAAAGGAAGAACACAUUUCCCAACUUCGGACACCCGGAGAACCACAUCUCAUCCCCGAAUGGGAACGGAACAGCACUUCGAUUGCAAACUUCACUUCGGAAGAAGAUUUCAGCGGAGCGGGAGGAGACUUCCAGGUGCUGAAGAUGAACUCGGAAGAAUUCGAGGACACCGAUGCAGGAAGUGGGAUGAAGAAAGAGUCGGAAGAAACAACCCUUGCUACAACCAAAAUUCAACUCCAGGAGAUCGAUGCCGCGGGCAGUGGGUCUUCUUCUGAGUCAUCGGAAAGCGUGAAGCACAACCCGAAGAACGACGUCGAAAGCGUCAAGUACGAGGAAGAUGAAAAUAGCACCGUUGAUGAAGUGCUCCCCAAGCAGGUUAAAACGACUGUUUGAAAAUAAUUUAGCCGUUUUUUUUUCAAUUGAACUAAACCGAUUUAGGAAUGCAAAUAGUGUGAACACACAAAAACUAGCUAAAUCAAUUUACUGAGCAAGUUUGUGAGCGAUCGAAGAAUUCCCAUCACUUCCCGGUCGAGGGAAGAUUAAGCAGUAAUCGCCCCGCCAGAAGAAUCAAACGAUGGGAACCAGGUGCCAGUUAUUAGAAGAAAUAUCCCUUCUCUCGUUCUCCUUGAGCUAGCUUGUAAGGUUAAUUUAUUAUGAUUCUCAAAUUCAUUGCAAACGUGAAAAUGAAACCCGAACACAUCUGUAGCUGAAGCUCUCAAUAGACCGACUCAUUCGAAAAGAAAAUUACUGAAAAGUGCCAUUGUCGAUGCAACAUGAUGAGGAAAUUAAGCUGUUGAGUUUUGCCAUUUAAUUUCGAAUAACAAAACUUCCAACGAACAUACUUAAAAAUUUAGUAAGAACCAUUCUGAUUCAAUCAAACACAAUCAUUGCGCAAACGACAGACACUUGAUCAAAAUUUUGUCCAUCGUAGUUCUUUAAACAUUGCUACUUUUUCCCAAAUAAAAAGACAUUUAUUAUGUUUAUAAGCUCAAAAUCCCCCUAGCUGUUAAGUGUGAAUGUGAAAGAGAAAGCAAUUUAUCCGUACAGAAGAAUAACAACAACAGCAACAAUAUAAGGUUAGUUUAAGAUUAAGACUGUUAUAGCGAUAGUUGACUAGUGAACAACAAAUCCCUAUUUAUUGAUUAUUUAUAAUCUCAGUACGAGCACUGUUUAGUAUUUUGAUUUGUGAAGUUUUUGUCUCCGUUGGAAAUUUUCUAAAGCCUGGCAACUGUUUUCGAACAUUCUUCAACAGAAGGAAUCUCGAAAACUUGAUCGUCGGGCCACCUCUUUUAGCGCGAUUAAAAAUAUUGAAAAACGAGCAACUCUCUAUAUAGUUAUCUACUAAGGUGUCCUUUUAGUUGCAUGUGUAAUAUUUAAGGAAUGUUAGGAAAAAAUAAAUAAAUUGAAAAAAAAACCGUCAGCGCUGAGACGUAAGUCGAAAAAAAGUCAUAACUUGUAAUUUAAAGCAAACAGCAACAACAGAAGGAAAAAGAGCAAACAGAAACAAAAUAAAAAUUCACGAAACUAUUUUAGUCUAGUAGAGUAGGAUAAAACAGAAAGAAAAACAAAAACAAACUAAAUCAUUCAUCAAAGUUUUUCUCAAGCUUCCGGUCCCGGCAAAUGGGCGGGAAAUUACUUUCUCAAGGGAAACAGCUCCGAAAUGUUACUUUGUUGAUUGUAAAUGGGAAAUUGAAGCUGUGCAGAGGAGAAUAAAUGGCAAAUAAAACUUUUUAGCAAGACUAUGCGACU